AAAUUCUAACCUCAUUUGCCAAAACCAAACCACCUCUCUCUCCUUAUUUUUCUUAGUUUCUCUCUCUCUCUCUCUCUAAUUCCAACGACCAAACCCUAACCAAUACCUUUUUAGUUUUCUCUCUAAUUCGUUUCCUGAUGCUUUAGUUCGAGAUGUCUCUUCAGAUCUGAUCCACAUUUAAUGCAUUUCGACGAAAUAUAUUAGAUGGAUGAUGAUAGUGCAGAUGGAUAACAUGUCUGCUCCUUCAUCCAGGGAGCGCGCACAGCGCCUUUAUGAGAAGAAUAUAGAGUUGGAAAAUAAUCGUAGGAGAUCAGCUCAGGCACGUGUGCCUUCAGAUCCCAAUGCCUGGCAGCAGAUGCGUGAGAACUAUGAGGCCAUAAUUCUAGAGGACCAUGCGUUUUCUGAACAGCACAAUAUUGAAUAUGCUUUGUGGCAGUUACAUUACAAGCGGAUUGAGGAACUAAGAGCACAUUAUAGUGCUGCCCUAGCUUCUGCAGGAUCAAAUGCAUCUCAGGGUGUGAAAGUUGCACCACGACCUGACCGUCUUACAAAAAUAAGACUGCAGUUUAAGACUUUUCUUUCGGAGGCAACGGGAUUUUAUCAUGAACUAAUUUUGAAAAUCAGAGCAAAGUAUGGACUUCCACUUGGGUACUUCUCUGAUGAUUCCGAAAGCCGAAUUGUUAUGGAUAAAGAGGGGAAGAAAUCGGCUGACAUAAAAAAAGGCUUGGUGUCUUGUCACCGUUGUUUGAUAUACUUGGGAGACCUGGCUCGGUACAAAGGAUUAUAUGGAGAUGGAGACUCUAAAUCACGCGAGUAUGCAACAGCUUCGAGUUACUACUUGCAAGCUGCAUCAAUUUGGCCAUCAAGUGGGAAUCCACAUCAUCAGUUAGCUAUAUUGGCGUCCUAUUCAGGGGAUGAGCUGGUGGCCGUUUAUCGGUAUUUUCGGAGUUUGGCAGUGGAUAACCCCUUUUCAACUGCGAGGGAUAACUUGAUUGUGGCAUUUGAGAAGAAUCGUCAUAAUUGCUCACAGCUUCCUGGGGAUGUUAAAACUCCCUUGGUCAAGGAGCCUGCUGUGCGGUUAACAGGAAAGGGUAGAGGGAAAGUGGAAGCAAAACUUGCAUCUAAAGAUGCCAACAUGGAAUUGAGCCCUGCUAAGGAGAAAGUAUCUGGUGUCCAGGAGACUUAUAAAUCCUUCUGCAUUAGAUUUGUGCGUCUAAAUGGCAUUCUUUUUACACGCACAAGCCUGGAGACUUUUGCAGAUGUUCUUACUCUGGUUAGCCGUGAUCUAUGUGAACUUCUCUCUGCUGGACCAGAAGAGGAAAUGAAUUUUGGCACAGAUGCUGCUGAGAAUGCACUUCUCCUUGUUAGGCUGGUUUCUAUUCUCAUAUUUACAGUUCACAAUCUGAAGAGGGAGAGUGAAGGUCAAACAUAUGCUGAAAUUGUGCAGCGUGCUGCCCUACUUCAGAAUGCAUUCACUGCCGUUUUUGAAUUGAUGGGACAUGUAGUUAAGAGAUGUUUACAGCUCCGGGAUGUUUCUUCGAGCCACAGCUUACCUGCUAUCCUGGUUUUUCUAGAAUGGAUGGCUUGCUGCCCGGAUGUUGCGGCAGCUUGCAAGGAUGUGGAUGAGAAACAAUCAAUUACUAGAUCGCAUUUUUGGAAACAUUGCAUAUCUUUUCUGAAUAAGAUCUUGUCAGUUAGGCCAAUGUGCAUUGAUGAUGAUGAAGAUGAGACCUGCUUUUUCAAUAUGAGCAGGUAUGAAGAAGGGGAAACUGAAAACCGUCUUGCAUUGUGGGAGGACUUUGAGUUGCGAGGUUUCUUGCCUCUUCUUCCAGCACACACCAUUUUGGACUUCUCAAGGAAACGGUCUUUUGUAAGUGAUGGUGAUAAGGAAAAGAAAGCCCGUGUCAAGAGAAUUUUAGCAGCUGGGAAGGCUCUAGCUAAUGUCAUUAUGGUUGAGCAGGAAACUGUUUGUUUUGAUUCGAAAGCCAAGAAAUUUCUUAUUGGAGUUGAGCCUUCAGAAGAUGUCACAUUCACCUCUUCUAUCCAACUGGCAACGAACAGUGUGGAGCAUGAAACCCCAUCUGAGAAGACUAUUAGUGUUGGUAUUGUGCAGCCAAUUCCACAACCAAGAAUGGUUGGGGAAGAGGAGGAUGAUGAUGAAGUGAUUGUUUUCAAGCCGCUGGUUGUGAGUGAGAAGAGAACUGAGGUGAUUGGUCUAAACUGGCCCCCGUCUGAGACUUUGAAGCUUAAUCAAAGUAAUUCGGCUGGUGAUCUCAAAUUUUAUGGCAGUACCAUGUCUGGCCCUCUUGAUAGUCUUCGCCAGCAUAAUACAUUUGAUGCUAGUCCUCAACUGCCUGUAUCUGUUGGUAGCAUAUUCCCUCAGCAUCUGCAGCCUGUUCAGAUGCAUGCAUCUAGGUGGUCAGUGGAAGAAGCUACUUCUCUGGCUAAUAGCUUGAAAGGUUCGACACUUUUGGAGAAUGGGCAUUUAACAAAACCUGAGAUGCAAGAUAAAGUAGGCCUUUCUCAUUCUGCUGCUCGAUCAGUUGCUAUCCAACAACCCAUCAGUGCUAGUUCUGGUGGUAUGUACUAUAAUCAGACAAAAAUGCCAGAAACUGUUUUGCCAUCCAGAAUUGAUGCUAUUGUGUCAUCUGGAGUUACUGGUGAUUCUUUGGCUGCUAAAACUACUUCAGUUUCACAAGUUGGGAUGCGUAAGAAUCCAGUUAGCCGCCCAGUGAGGCAUCUUGGUCCCCCACCAGGUUUUAGCCCUGUUCGUCCAAAACCACUGAAUGAAUCUGUUUCUGCUACAGAAAUAGAGAACCCACUCAUGGAUGAUUAUAGUUGGUUGGAUGGAUAUCAGUUGACAUCAUCAUUGAAAGGCCCUGGGGUUGAUAGUUCCAUCAAUUAUGCAUGUCAUGCAGAUCCCCAGUAUGUAAAUAACAGCAGCAAUGGCUUGACUGGAACAGUAAGCUUUCCCUUCCCUGGUAAGCAGGUUCCGGCAGUGCAGUUUCAAAUGGAAAAGCAGAAAGGCUGGCAGGAUUACCAUACACUUGAGCAACUGAAAAUUCAGCAUGAACAGAAGUUGCAGCAACAGCAACUGAUGAAUGGAAACCAGCAGUUUAACUCACUGCCUGAGCAGUAUCAAGGACAAUCAGUCUGGACAGGUCGUUAUUUUGUGUGAGAUCCAUAUGCAAGUGUAGCUGGUUCUUGAGAAUGAUUUCCAUGAAUGUACUGCAUCCAUCUGCUGCCAAAUUCAACUCCAACUUUGAAGCAUUGUCAGUGUUGAGUUUCUGAUGGAGCAUGGAUGGCCUUGGCUUGUAGCUGGCACUUGCUGCUGAACAAUUGCUUUUGCAGAUUUCGCCAGAUCUGUGGAGGAAGAUUGAGGAAACCAUCUUUAAGAUGCGAAGCUUGUAAGGAGUAAAUGCCUUAACUGGUUACUUGGAAUGGAGAUAGAACGUGUUAAUAAGAUCAUCUGUUGGUUUUGGGGCUAUAUCUUGAGGAGUUGGUCAAAUAAACUUGGUUUAAUAUCCUAUUAACUUUCGUCUGGUCUGCCUGAAUUGCUGUUAAAAAUCAGCAGCUGGCAGUGGAUAAAUAAUGAUGUGCUUGACCAGUUCUGUGCAGAUAAGCGUCAGAGCUCAAGUCGAGAGGUCUACUAGGUAUGAUCUGCAUAUCAGUCGUUGGACAGUUGGGAUUGGGGAUUUUAUGGUGGUGCUUUUGAGUAGCAGAAUGUGUGGGUGAGUAUGAGUGAUGUGUACGUUUGAUAUCUGGGUCAAAAGACUUGUUUAUGUUAUUAUUAUGCUUUACUGGCUAAGAUGAUGAGUGAUGUGGAACGCAAAAACUAGCGUCUUUUCUUGAAGUUGGGCUUUUCACUCAAAACUUCUUCUGUAAUGAAAUAAAUCUAUGGAGAACAUUGUCCUGGUCAUUGCUGCACA